AUGAGAAUAGUGGGUGGAAUGAAGAUAAAAGAAAAAGAAGAAAUUUUUUUAUUUAUUUUCUUAAGGCCAAUGACACCAUCAAAUCGACAAACGAUAGAAGAUCUAAGAAUAAGAAAACACUUGCGUUGCCUAAUUGUUUGGAUAUCAUCUCAAAAUAUUCCGAUAAAUUUGGGUCUUGUGAAAUGUAGUCUCUUCGACUUCAACAUGAGUGAAAGCAUCUUGAAGUGA